CCGGUUGAAAGAAAACGGUUGAAAGAAAAAGACCGCUACAGCUGCUGUACUUCAGUGAUCUUUUACUUCAGCUUGUGUUGCAAUAUUUACCAGCUUGUGUCCCUAUUUCUGGUGCUGAAGUUUAAUAAAACCACUGACAUUGCGGCACAUCCCAAAAGUGUGAAUUCUUUGAUUUCUCAUCUCAAGGUAUUCAUCAAACAUUGCACAGAUCUGGUUUGCUUGGCAGUGCUAGUAAGGUCCCUUAAACCUGGUCAUCUCUGGAUUCGUUGUCAUCCAAUUUUCUUGGAACUUUGACUUUCGAACAUGUCUUAUAAUCAGACAUACCGAAAUCCACCUGAUAAUAUGUACUCUGACUCACAAUGCAUGUAUCCCCGAGAGUCCAGCGCUUACAGGUCAAGAAUUAGAACCACAUCUUCAGAGCAUACUCCAUCUUCUUCUGAAGCACCUGUCCUUCCAACUGGUAAGGCUUUGUCCUUUCUGCACAGCUGCGGACUGGAUGCUGAGGACCUUAAAUCUCUCGCCGAUCUCCCUGAACAUCUCAUCACAGCCGAGACGCUUCCUGACCUGCUUGCAGAGAUCAAGAAGAAGAAAACAGUCAACACUUCAUCAUCUAGGUCUGGUUCAUCAGCUCGCUCCUGGGAGGAUAGGAGCCACACUCAGCCGGUUGAGUAUCCGUUUGAUUUCCCCGUCCGUCAGUCAUAUCAUCGAGAGCAAGUUCCGACUUGGGAAGACCCAUGGGGAAAUGUCCAGAAAACCGGCUUACCAACACGCUCCUACACCAGUUCUGAAUCAAACUUUGUGAUUGAGUACAACCAUCUGAAAGACAAAGAGUUUUAUUUUGAUAAAGCACCUUUUGCUGCAGAACAAUCAAGGCAGAAAACAUCUGUUGCCUCGCAGUCUUAUUCAAACUACAGCAGAGAGGACAGUCAACCUUCACAUCUGUACAGCAGAGCCAACAGUCAACCCUCACAACCUUCCAGUAGAGAUGUCAGUCAGUCCUCACACCUGUCCAGCAGAGACAUCGGUAUUCCCUCACUUCUGUCCAGCAGAAAUGCCAUUCAACCUUCACACUUGUCCAGCAGAGACAGCAAUCAACAUUCUCAUCACUGGAGGACAGAGAUGGUUCAUAAAGUGCCUAACAAGAAGGAGGCGUCAGACUUCCAUGGAAAAAAUCCACCAAUGUUUCCCUAUGAGUGUGUACUUUGUGAAAUCACUGUUCUCUCUUUCAAGGACUGGUCUGUGCAUAUAAAAGGAGCUCAACAUGCUAACAGUCAACUCAGUCUUGUGGAAAAGUAUCCAGAAUGGGAUCAAAGUGUCCAGUCUGCUCGAAGGAAUGAGCUUGUUCCUGAAAUUUCACAGCCUAGAGCCACACAGGGACGAGGUGGAACAUCAGGCAGUAGAAAUAGAUUAUCAGGCAGCAGAAGUGGAUUGUCGAGCAUUAAAAAUGAAUCGUCCAGCAAUAACCAGAAGAAAACAGAAGAGAGGUGCAAAGUGGUGUGUAUAAAGUUCGAAACGGAUGAAGUGGAUGAAAAAUACCUGAAGAAGUUGCUUGGUCAGUUUGGACCGAUUGUCAGAAUGAUUAUGUUUCCAAGACUGGCUUUCACGGAAAUGGGAUCUGCAGAACAGGCAGAUGAUAUAGUGAGAUACUUUUUACUCAACCCCUUGAGGAUCAAAGGACAACUUCUAGAAUUUACUCUGUCUGCAGCGUCCAGUUUUUUACAGAGUUCCUGUGUAGUGAGCUUUUCGCCGUUACCUGUUGGGGAAGGCAUAAGCUCCGAGUUGAUAGCCAUUGCUAAGCGUUUCGGAUCAGUAAAGCAUUCCUUGUUUUUACCAAGCCGGGGUUAUGUUGAAAUGGCCAAUCCGCAGGAGGCUAAAAAAUUGGUGGAGCAUUAUUCAACCAAUUCACUUAAAUUAAAAGGCAAAACCAUAAAUGUUUGCUUCUCAUCUGAGUACAAGACGCUUGGUGAAACAGGUGACAAAAAAGAAAUAUCACCAAUAUCUAAAAGCAGUAACAGAAGAAGGAGGAGGAGUGCAAGCCCGCAAAGGAGAUUCCACAGUUCUCGAAAAGUCUCUCCCAGCCCCAAACGAAGAUCCUCACGAGAGAGGAGCAGGUCUCGCAGGAGUUACGACUCUAAAAAACAAGAUAACAGACGACGCUCUAGGGAGAGAACUAAGGAGAGCUCUAGGCGGGAGAGCUCUAGACGGGACAGCUCUUCCAAAUCUCAUUCCAGAAAGUCUCCUUCAAAAGACCAAGGCAAAAAAACAGAGGAGAGUGCAAAGGAGAAGAUCAAAGAGGAGAUUAAUGAUAACAAGAAUCAGUCUGAUACUAUGGAGGAUAAUAGCAAGGAUCAGUCCGACAACAUGGAAGAUGAUAUGAAGGAUCAGUCCAACACCAUGGAAGAUGAAACGAAGGAUCAGUCCGACACAAUGGAAGAUGAUGCCAAUGAUCAGUCCGACACCAUGGACGAGGAUGGUGAUCUUGAAGGAGUGGCGGUGAUAGCAGAUGAUGGUGAAGCACUGAUCUCAGAAGAUGAUGAGCUUGCAGAAGAUGCUGAACCAGAGGAUCAGGCACAGGAUGCCUCAGUAUAUACAAAUGAACCGGAAACAUCAGAGGACAUGCCAGGUGUGGAACAGUCUAAAGACCAAACUAUACCUUCAGGCAUGGCCGUAUCAAACGUACAUUCAGAGACAUCUGAGCCUCUACCAAAUGCUACAACUACAAGUGGAUCAAGUGAUUUUAAGGAAGCCCAAGAGCUUAAACAAGAACAAGAAGCACAAAAAGAUCAAACAGUGGUGAUUGAAGAGGAAGUGGCAAAAUUUCCAGAGAAUCUUGAGAAUCAUGUCACCUUAGACGAAUUUGAGGAAGUUGGAAAAGAUCAUGUGACCGAACAAGGUGAUGACCAAGAGAUCUUGGUUUCAAGCUCUGAGGAAAAGUUUGGAAAAGUUCUUGAGGUCACUGCUUUUCCUGUUGCUAAAAAGUAUACUGAAAUUGAUUUGCUAAACAUCGGGAAAAAAUAUGGAGAUGUACUGGACUGUUGUCUGGUUCGCAAUAAUGGAAAGGUGGAGAAGGCAUUAAUUGAGAUGGUGAAUUCUACCGACACUGCCAAAAUUGAAGCUGAGUCUAGUAAGAAGAAAAUUAAACUAGGGGGCAGAAUCUUGAGGAUAACUGUGUCAAAGACAUACACCUCAGUGAAACAAGGGAAAUGUGUUGACUCUGAAUUUGGGAAAGUAGAAAGUGAAGAACAAGAUGAAGAGAUUGACAAGGAGCUUUCACACUCUGAGACUUCCUGUGAGGAGAGUUCAGGAAUGCUUCAAGAGGCCAUAAAGAGCUCUGAAGAAGGUUCUGAGGCUCCAGUGGAGAGCACCAUAGACACAGUCGUGCAAACGUCUAGUGAUGAGGAGGGACUGAUUGAAAUGGAAAAUGCUUCCGAUGCUGAAAAGGUUGUAGCUGUGGCUAACAUGAAUAAAAUUACAAUAGCUGGAAAACAUCCUAAGAUUGCAGUGUCUACAAAACACACCAAUUUAAAUAAAAGGCACUUUCUCCAUAGGCCCAGUGAUGGAACUGUACAAACAACUGCUGAGUUAGAGGGUGCAGAGGAUGGAUCCAAGACACAGAACAAUAUUUCUGACCAGCUGUCAGAAUCACUGAAUGUCAAGGAGUCCUCGAAUGAUGAACAAGGUGUCAACUUGGAGGGGGAUGAAAAGCAGCUUUAUGCGUCUGAUGACGGAACAGAAAUGAUGGUGGAAAAUUCUGACAGUUCAGGAACUCAGACACUGUUGAACAAUCCAGUGGGGACAGAGUUUGUUCGACCUGUGGUGGGCUACUUUUGCAGCUUGUGUAAUGCCAUCUAUGCCAGCGAGGAAGAGGCCAAGAAUGAACACUGCAGGACUGCCUUGCACCAUCAAAAGCUAAAGGAACACAUGGAGCAAAAAGUUAGAUAAACUUUGACGCCAACCAGCAUGAUCCAGAAUUUAUUCACAGACCUAAAUAAAUAAAUAAUGGUGUCCUUAGUUAAUUUACAUUUGUAAUAUACACUGUCGAUUUUAAGUGAUAAAAUAUUUCUAUUUCAAUCCACUGAUAACUGAAACUUUCAAAUUGCUUAGAAUGUUUUCUUUAUAGAAUGUUUCUAGAUGUCUUUCUCUCAUAAGUGAUUUUACUAAAUAUUUGAAACUCCUUGUUGUAGCUAAAGGGUAUGUUCUUUGUUGCAUUGCAAUGUAUUAUAUUUAUAAAUGGGAGAAUAGAUUCUGUACAACUAAAACCAUCCAACUCUCAAUCGUUUUUGUUUCUUGAUGCUUUUUGAUUGGACUACGGGUGGUUGUUGCCACCCGCAAUAUGCCGUUUCUAAGACAAUCCAAUAUUGCGGCCCCCUUUAAAUGCUCUGUUUAUGUGGUGUGCAUGAUGUAAUCAUAACUAGUGUCAAUAUAAUGUGUUUGCUUAUAUUAUGUUAAUUUUGAUGUUUUCUUUCAUUAAACCACAAAGUGUUCUGUGAAACGGCAAGCUUGCAAAUUAUGACUUGGAAAGGGGGGAGAGCUUGCUUGGCUGAAGUUAGUCAAACAUUUUUUGCCACUGCUGUCUUUUUUUUUUAUACAAAUAAAUAUUUACUGUAAUCGGUAGCCUUUAAAAUGAAUUUGAAAUCUUUAACACGUAAUAUAGGUUAGCGUAAUUUUAGACAUAAUGCUCAAUAUAUUUUCUUUUGCAGGAUGACAACCCAUCGUGUACUUUCAUAAGAUAUUCAUUAUGCAAAUGUAUGCCUGCUUCCUUAAAAAAAAAUAUGGUUGUGUAUUAUUCUGUGUGGGUCCUUAACAAACGUUCAGUUGUCUUCCACACCACUGCAGAUCUUGUAAAUAGGUGAUGUGCUGGGUAAUUAAAAGAUCUAGAAGUUUAGUUUGUUUUUUAUUUUUUUUUUUAUGGAAAGUAUUCACCGUUCAUUCCUACUUUUGUAGGGUGUUACUCCCCUACACUCAAGAAAAUCUGAUAUUGGAUUUUGUUCUGCUGAUCCUCUUCUUGGGCCUUGAAACUCAGACUCUUCUAUGGGUAAUUGUACUAAAACGUAGUGGUAUACAUUUUAGAAUAAUGUUCUUCC